GUACUUCCAUAUUUCAUUACGGUGUUAUUUUUCAGACGACAUUCAGUGCCCCGCAUGAAAAGUAUUCGUCACACUGUUUGAACAGCUUGCUUCGUUGCGAACAACAACUUAUGAAUAAUACUUAAAUCAGCAGUCGCCGUGUGUGAGUUUAGUGUCCUACAGUUGGUUUCAACAGUGCUACACAGCUCGAUUUUUUUAUUGUUGAAGCCUUUUAACCGCGUGAUAAUGGCGUUCACGAAGUUUCUUUUUAUGUUGUCAUUAAUCACCAUCGCGAGCGCUGGCUUUGUUUGGCAGGACGAUAACUUCCCGGGAUUCCCAAGCGAUAUGUGGCCCUCUAUACAGAUCCCAACGAUUCCGCCAUUCGAUCCCAAAAUUCCUAACUUUGCUUUUUCGUUCCCCUCUCCUGAUAACAUUAAGAAAACUAAACCACAACCCGGACAAACCUACAGCGGGGUUUACGUGAGCAGCAGUGGAGGGAAGGGAACUAUGGUUGCAAACAUCAAUGGGGAAGUGAUUGAAAAAAAGUUUGGAGAGGAUUCCAAAAAAUCUAAGAGCAAGUCCUAGAAGAUAGAAGAUUUAAAAUUAAGUAACCGUCAUUUCUCACACCACACAUUUAUUUCAAUUUAAUUUCAUUUAAAAUAUUUUUAUGUUAACAAAUGAAUACAUUCAUUAUAUAAUAACAAUUUUAAGAUAAUUUAAAUGUUAUUUGAUAUAAUUUAAAUGUUUUUUUUUUUCGUUCCUUCUUUUACCGAUGCAUUACAUAACACAUACAAAAAUAAACACAAUUAAUUAAUAUUUUUUUAUUUUAUCAACUUCAGGUCCACUUCAAUGUAAUUUAUUAUAAAACUCAAAUGUUUUUCACCUCUGCACUGUACCGUGAAAUUACCGUAAUAGUUUUUUUAUUUCAUAAAAUAGAAUUCUUGAUUUUAUUUCAAUGCAUAUUUUUACAACAACAUACCAUAACUAACCACUAAUGAUUUAAAUACAAUAAAAUUUCAAGUAACAAUCUAAAAGUUAUGAAACGGAUUUGAAUGUGAACCAAUGUAAACCUAAUUUACAGCAAGAAUCUUUUUUUUAAAAACAAAAAUUAUUAUUUCAGCAGUAGGUACUACAACCUUUGAUCUGUGUUAUGUAUUAUAGAUUACCACAGGAAUUCAUAAAUUAUUAACCUCUGGGUUUCAUCUGAGCCUCUCUCUAGCUUUGAUUUCAAUAUUCUAACAUUAUUUAGAUUAGAACAUGGUCACUACAAACACAGCAAUCAAAGAUCUCUCUUCCACCAUGGCGAUUCUGAUGUCUACUACGCCCGUGUAAUUAAAAGUUUAUUGAUCGAGGAAAAAGGUCUAAUGAUGAACUACUAUUAUUCAGUUCUCACUUAAUGUAUGGCCAUGUCGAAUAAAUGUGUAGUCAAUGUUCGGAAAGUGUGGUUACUUAUUUUGGAUUUACGUUUUAAACGUCCGAUUUCCGGGCUAAUUUCAUUUGUAAUCUUAAAUUUUAUUUUAUAUGUCUUUCAAAAAUUAAAGAAAAUUUAACUGUUGUAAUUCAAAUUCCAACAAUUUUCAUGUAUGUAAUUUAAGUUCAAAAAGGUUUAUAUUGCAGUAAUUAACAUUAAUAAAUUCUACAUACCGA